CCCUUCCUACUGGUCCCCACUGGGUUUUGGGCUCGGUGGGACGACUGGGUGGGCAAACCCCCUGCCGAGGGACGGCGGGACGCGGCCACGAGACCUUGGCCCCGCGCCCGCAGGACGCCCGCACCGCGUAUCGCCCGAUCCUCUCGGAAUCGGCGCGGAAACUCAACGCCCAGGGCUCCCAGUUGGGCAACUGCAUCGAGAAAGCUCGCCCCUACUACGAAGCGCGACGCCUGGCCAAGGAGGCUCAGCAGGAGACGCAGAAAGCGGCGCUGCGCUACGAGCGAGCCGUCAGCAUGCACAACGCCGCGCGUGAGAUGGUCUUCGUGGCCGAGCAGGGCGUCAUGGCCGACAAGAACCGGCUGGAUCCCACCUGGCAGGAGAUGCUCAACCACGCCACGUGUAAAGUACGGGCUCGGAUUUUGGGGGGGGGGGGGCACCAGCGGGUGACGCGGCUGUGCCAGCAAGCCGAAGCCAAGGUGCAGAGCCUCCAGAAGUCCCUCAAGCGCGUCAUCGUGAAGAGCAAGCCUUACUUCGAGCUGAAAGCCCAGUUCAACCAGAUCCUCGAGCAUCCCCAGGCCCAGUUUGAGCAGCUCUGGUACUGGUUCGAGCAUCCCCAGGCCCAGUUUGAGCAGCUCUGGUACUGGUUCGAGCAUCCCCAGGCCCAGUUUGAGCAGCUCUGGUACUGGUUCGAGCAUCCCUGGUACUGGUUUGGACAUCCCUGA